ACAGACGUCCCUAUAUAGAAGGAUGGCCAAGCUCCUGCGGAGGUUCAGGAGGAAGGCUCUGCAGGUGCCCCCAGAGCCUUCGGGAAGGAGCGGCCAUCUUCCCAAGGGGCAGAGCCACCUCUCCGUCCCCGCUGGCGGGGAAGCAGCUCCCAUCCAGGCCAGAAGGCGGAAGUUCCCAGCCUUCUGGAGAACAAAGCCAGCUCCCAGCGCAGGCGCCGACCUGGGAGAGGCCCCGACCAAGCCCAGGUGGAGUUGGCUCAGGAUGAGGUUUUGCGGACAGGACCCAGCCCAGGAGGGGCGCCGGGCAGGGAGGCUCUGGGGCCUGUUAUGUGGGCAGCAGCGGCCCCAGGAGCCCAGCCCUCAUUCCCAGCAGGGGGCAUCGCCCUGCCCGGGCUCUGAGGAUCUUUCAGCCCCCUCAGACCAGGAGCUAGAAGAUCCCAGCACCAGCACCAUCAGCUCAGCACGGGACAGCAGCAGUGCCUGGGGCUCCAGCAGCAGCGACGCCUCUGGACGCUGCUGCUUUGUUCCAGGGACCCCCACGGAGUCAGCGGCGGAGGAAUGGCUGGAGAUGACCACAGAGGAAGCGGCUCCCCACAAUCCCCCAUUGAGGCCUGAGCCCUGGAGCUGGUGUGGGUGGGGAGGAAGGUCCCUAGCUAACAGGUUCUCUCUCGCUAUCCCCCACUCCCGGUGGGUACAGGAUGAGGGGCAGCAGCUCAGGUUCCUGCGGGCCAUCUACCCCGCGUGUCUUGCUGCACAGGACAGAGGGCAGGACACGCUGGAGCCGCACUGCUGCAAGGCGGCUGUGGUGGAGAGGAUUGUGGAGCUCAUUGAGGAGCUUCCUAAAGACUCUCCACCCAGUGAGAUCCUCGCCAGCUGCCUGGCUGCUGUGGGCAACCUCAGCACCAUGAAACCAGCCCUUGAGCCUGAGCUAGAGUCCCGCCUCUUGCAAGCUGCCCUUGGCUCGGUCUUCACCCUGGGCACGGAGACGGACGCCACCGACAUCCAGGCGCUACACAAAGUCAUGCCAGAGCUCCUGGAUGCUGUGCUGGGGAACCUGCUGCUUCCUGACUCCAGGCGCAGGCCGACUGGCUCCACCGGGCUGUAG